AUGGUAAAGAAAGCUCCUUAUCUACUCAUAUCUAACACACUCUAUAGUCCUGCUGAAUGUCCCUUUUCUUGUCGAUACACAAGCUCUCCUUGUUGUCCCUUCAUUGGUGAACCUGUAUGUGAACCUACUUGUUAUACCUUUGCUCCUUGUGAAGUGACACCUUGUCCUGCCGAUUGCCCAUACGAUUGCUUUUAUCCUAAUGCUGAUUAUUGUUGUCCUCAAAGUGGCCAAGCUGUCUGUAGAAAC